CUAGGUUUCGGAUAUAACAGCAAUGUGAUUAUCACAUUUGGUUAACAAAAGUAUUUCUUCUUAUACAAGUAUCUCAUUUAGUUAAUAAAUGGCACCAAACAUCAACGUCACCAUGACAAAAUCUCUGUCUUCAUCCCACGUCGUGCUGAAAGAGGCAACAACCAAUGAAGCAAUCGUUGAGAAACCAGGGAAGUACAAGUGUUUCUUGGGCGAAUUUGAAACGCCCUUAAUUUGGUCCAAUAUUAUUAUGUUGUUUAUUCUCCACGUUGUAUCAGUCUGGGCUAUCUGGCAACACGAAUGGGGAACACAUAUUGCAAUAGUAAUAUACGCAACUAUUUUCGGAAUUAUUGGAGGAUUUGGAGUAACGGCUGGUGCUCAUAGACUGUGGACACAUCGAAGCUAUAAGGCUACUACCCCUCUGCGAGUACUCUUACUUAUUCUUUAUUCCACAACGGGUCAGAACAGUUUGAAGGAUUGGGUAAGAGACCACCGGGUCCAUCACAAAUUUAGUGAAACCGAUGCCGAUCCGCACAAUUCGAAACGGGGGUUCUUUUUUGCACACGUGGGAUGGCUCUGCAUGAAAAAACAUCCAGAGGUAACGAGAAAAGGAAUGACGGUUGACAUAAGCGACAUUUUUGAAGAUCCGCUGGUCACCUUCCAAUCGAAGCAUUGGGCUUGGUUUGGAACCCUUUGGUGCUUUAUUAUACCAACUAUUAUACCACCACUAUGGUGGGGUGAAUCUUGGAAGAAUUCCAUAUUAGCAGUAUGUUUUGUCAGAUAUGUUAUACUGCUAAACAAUACUUGGCUGGUUAAUAGCGCUGCGCACCUUUGGGGAAACCGUCCAUAUGAAAAAGAACUCCAGCCAGUAGAAAACAACAUAAUCUCAUUUCUAGCCAAUGGCGAGGGUUUUCACAAUUACCACCACAAAUUUCCCUAUGACUAUAGGGCGUCGGAAUUUGGAAAGUACAACGUAACCACAUUCUGGAUUGACAUAUUCAAAAAACUCGGAUUGGCCUAUGACUUGAGAACCGUCCCACAGGACGUUGUCAAGCAAGUAGUAGAAGCUCACGGAGACGGCACUCAUCCGCUGUGGGGCAAAAAGGACAACUAAAAACCAAACUGAAUGCUUUCAAAGCCUGCAACAAUAUUAAAAGGGGUAGUUGGUGUUGCGAUCCCGAAUCAAAACAUUAUUUCGUUGAUGAAAUAAUUUAUAAAUAGUCACCGAUGACCUGUUAUCUGGGUAAUUCACAAAAAUCGAUAAUUAAUAAUUCACUAGAUUGUUAAUUUUGAUAAAAAUUUAAAUUCUUAGAACAAGUGACAUUUCAAUUUUAAAACCUUUUCAGUCUCUUGUUUUGUUCAAUAGCAAAUGUUGUUAAUAUCUACUUGAAUAGGAACUUGAAAGGUAAAAAAUAUAAGCAAAUCAUAUUUUUAUAUAUUGUUGCUCUAUUGUGAAUGGGACACAAUCAAUUUUUCGAUUUUUUAAAUUAUAUUUUAAUGUAUAUGUUUUUUACAAGUUUAUAUCCUAGGAUUGUUUUCCUCUAAUAUAAUCCUCCAUAAUCCUA